GAACUUUACUUGACUUCUAUAAACCGAAACCGCUAGAUGACGAAGAGCGAGAGCCAAAACGAUUGAAGGAAACGGAAUCAGAUGCUAUUCCAAGUACAUCUGGAUCUAAUUCGCAGGAACAAGAUUUGUUAUCGUACGAUAUAGGACUCGCGGUAGAUAAAAAAAUGUUGAACGAUAAUGAAAGACUGAAAUUUCUGAAAGAAACAUGGAAACCUGAUCGUAACUAUGUAUUUCCAUGUCAGCAAGAAGGCAAGCAGGUUAGAAAAUUUUGCUACGGUUGGUUCGAACGAUUUAACUGGCUAUCUUACAGUCAAUACAAAAGUGGAGCCUUCUGCAAAAUGUGUGUACUAUUUGCACCAAUGGGUGCUGGAGUUGGAUGUCAGCCUCUUAAAACGUUGGUGAAUCAACCGCUCACAAAAUUCAAAAAAGCUUUGGAUAUGCUGCAUCAUCAUGAAAGCAGUCAAUAUCACAAAUUUUCGGUUCAGAAGUCUGCCGGAUUUUCUAUAGUUAAUUCUGGCAAAAAUGCAAAUAUUGUUCUUCAGCUUGACCAAGCAAAAUUAGAUAUCAUUGAGGCUAAUAAAAAAAGACUGAGACCAAUAGUGAAAAGUAUAAUAUUUUGUGCUCAUAACAAUAUACCUCUAAGAGGCCACAGAGAUGAUGGAGAGUUGGUGGUUCAAGAGUACCAAAAUACAGUUAUUCCUAAUAACCAAGGUGUGUUCAGAAAUUUAUUAUUAUUUCGCUUAGACUCUGGAGACGUAGAUCUACAGUCACAUUUUGAGAAUACUGGCAAAAAUUGCACAAUGAUUAGUAAAACC